UAAAGUUUCACGUGCAGUAGGAAACAGAGAACAUUUUUUAAAAAAGAAAAGAAAAGUUAAAAGUUAGAGAGGUAUUACCAGAGAAGCAAAGAUGGGCUGCGUUGAUCUUUUCAAUUUAACAAGUACCAAUAUUUAUCGGCCGGUGCUUACAAGAACAUCAAACAAACCCUACAUCACAAGAGGACCAUCGAUGGCUGCUAUUCGAGCUGAGUCAGUGGCUACUGAGAAAUUAGGAAUCUUUAUCGAGAAGAAUCCUCCCGAGUCCAAACUCACCCAACUCGGUGUUCGUAGUUGGCCCAAGUGGGGUUGUCCUCCAAGCAAGUUUCCGUGGACUUAUGAUGCAAAGGAGACUUGUUUUCUGCUAGAGGGGAAAGUGAAAGUGUACCCUGAUGGGUCCGAUGAAGGCGUGGAGAUUGAAGCAGGCGACUUUGUUAUUUUCCCUAAAGGGAUGAGUUGCACUUGGGAUGUAUCCGUUGCUGUUGAUAAACACUACCAAUUCGAGUGAAUGGUUAUCAGUUUCUGCUCCGCAUAUUUGGUGAUAUGUUCGAUAUAACUUCACUGUCUUUGAAUGUUGACUUAAUUUUGUGUGUCAUGUAUCAGUCUAUGCAUUGCUGGGAUUUAUUUGCUUCGAUAUCUAAGUGAUUUCUCGUCAUGUAA